AUGGCGUCGGCCGAAGUAGGCAUCCCGCGCCGCGAGCGUGAUCGCGGUGAUCGCAGCCAGCGCGGCGGUGCCUCUCGUCGUGAGGGCGGUGACUCGUACCGUCCCGGCGGCCGCCCGCGAUCGCGCACCCCCCCGCCCGUCCCGACUGAGGAGCAGAAGCAAGCGGCGGCCAAGGCCGAAUAUGAAAAGCUCUUGACAAUGCGAUCUGGAGGCACCUACAUUCCUCCCGCGCGCCUGCGAGCCCUGCAGUCGCAAAUCACCGACAAGACCAGUAAGGAGUACCAGCGCAUGGCCUGGGAGGCGCUCAAGAAGAGCAUCAACGGCCUCAUCAACAAAGUACAUACCGCCAACAUCAAGCACAUUGUGCCCGAGCUCUUUAGCGAGAACCUGAUUCGCGGCCGCGGCCUCUUUUGCCGAUCCAUCAUGAAAGCACAGGCGGCUAGUCUGCCUUUUACGCCCAUAUACGCAGCCAUGGUGGCCAUUGUCAAUACCAAGCUUCCGCAGGUCGGCGAGCUGCUCAUCAAGCGCUUGGUCAUGCAGUUCCGCAAGGGCUUCAAGCGAAACGACAAGUCGGUGUGCUUGGCCUCGACGACAUUUCUGGCCCACCUGAUCAACCAGCAAGUCCAGCACGAGAUGCUGGCUGGUCAGAUCCUGCUCCUUCUGCUCAAUAAACCCACGGACGACAGCGUGGAAAUUGCUGUUGGCUUCUGCCGCGAAGUCGGCCAGUUCCUUGAAGAAAUGCGGCCCACGAUUGCCAAUGUCAUCUUUGACCAGUUUCGCAACAUCUUGCACGAGGCUGGCAUCGAUAAGCGAACGCAGUACAUGAUUGAAGUCCUCUUUCAGGUGCGCAAGGACCGCUACAAGGACAACCAGGCCGUCAAGGAGGAACUCGAUCUCGUCGAGGAAGAAGACCAAAUUACGCACCAAGUCGAACUCGACGGUGACAUCAACGUGCAGGACAGCCUCAACAUUUUCAAGUUUGACGAGCAAUACGAGGACAACGAGGAGGCCUACAAGAGCCUCAAGGCGGAAAUCCUCGGUGAAGCCAGCGAUGACGAAGACGACGGCGACGAGGCCGAAGAUGAGAGCUCCGACGAGGAGGACGACCCAGAGACCAAGGCCAUGGAAAUCAAGGACCAGUCAAACGCCGACCUGGUCAACCUGCGCCGCACCAUCUACCUGACCAUCAUGUCAAGCGCCGACCCCGAAGAAGCUACGCAUAAGCUCAUGAAGAUUAACUUGCCCGCGGGCCAAGAAGCCGAGAUGCCUUCUAUGAUUGUAGAGUGCUGCUCUCAAGAAAAGGCGUACACCAAAUUUUUUGGCCUGAUUGCGGAACGCUUCGCCAAGAUCAACCGCCUCUGGUGUGACCUGUUUGAGCAGUCGUUCCAAAAGUACUACGAGACUAUUCACCGCUACGAGAACAACAAGCUGCGCAACAUUGCCAUGCUCUUUGGCCACAUGUUUGGCUCCGACGCCCUUGGCUGGCACUGCUUGUCCGUGAUCCACCUCAACGAGGACGAGACGACGUCGAGCAGCCGCAUUUUCAUCAAGAUCCUCUUCCAGAGCAUCGUCGAGGAGAUUGGCCUGCCCAAGAUCAAGGCGCGCGCUGCCGACGAAACGCUACGCCCCAGCCUCGCCGGGCUGUUUCCCAGAGAUAGCGCUCGCAACAUUCGCUUCUCCAUCAACUACUUUACCAGCAUCGGCCUCGGCGCCCUCACCGAAGAAAUGCGCGAGUUUUUGCAGAACAUGCCUAAGCCGGCGCUCCCAGCUGCGGCAGCCGCAGCUCGCGGCGACGACUCGGACUCGGACACGGUGUCGAGCUACUCCUCGCGCUCCGGAUCCUCGCGCUCACGGUCCCGCUCAUAUAGUCGCUCGCGUAGCCCGCGCCGCAUCGACGGUGAUCGCGGCCGCUCACUGUCCCCCUCCUCCUCCCAUCGCAGCCGGGGCAGGUCGCACUGGCGCAGCCGCUCCCGCUCCGAUUCGUUUAGCAGCCGCAGCAGGAGCCGUCCCGUCUCUGACGCUGGUCGCGGCCGCCGCAGAGUCUCCCCCUCGGUGAGCCCUCCCCGCCGCGGCCGCCGCGCUUCCUACAGCCGCUCGCGCAGCCGCUCCUACGACUCAUACAGCGAUGCAUCCCGCUCCCGGAGCCGCUCGCGCUCGGUAAACCUGCCGCCGCGUGGCAGCGCCCGUGACGCCAGCCCACCCCGGAACAAACGCCGGAACAGCUCGUCUGUCAGCCGUAGCCCGCCCCGCAAAAGCGAACGCGCGCUCUCGAACUCCCGGUCACGAUCGCGCUCGCGCUCCCCGCCACCACGAACCCGCCCCAUCAAGACGGAGGAUCGCAGCCGCAGCCGGUCACCGCUUCCCCCACGCCGCGGCGAGUCGCGCGGCAACGGCAGAAAUCGGUCGUCAAGUCCUGCGGCGGUCAAGAGAAGACGGGCGAACAGCUCCAGCGCUUCGCAAUCACCACCACCAAUCAAGCGCGGCCGUCGUGGCGAUUGA